AGGGAAGAAGGAGCAGCGCCAUUGUUCCAAUUGUGGAGACUUUGAAUUUUGUCCCUGAGAAGAGCAAAGGGAAGAAGAGAAGGGUGGUGUUAGGGUUUGGAGCAACAAUGGAGGGUGGAGAGGAGGGAGUGGAGAUGGUGGUGGACUCGAAGGACUUACAGCAACAGAGCAAAGCCUUGGACAAGCUCACUGACCGCGUCGAGGAUCGCCAAUUGGAUUCUACUCGCGUUCAGGAGGCAAUGGCUUCCAUCGCUGCUUCUGCCGAAGCUGAUCGCAAUGCCAUGCGCAUCAGGGAGAAAGAAUUAGCUGCUGUUAAGAUAAAUGCAGCGGAUGUUGAUAUAAUUGCUAAUGAGCUAGAGUUGGACAAAAAGGUUGCGGAAAGAACUUUGCGGGAGCACAAAGGUGAUGCAGUUGCUGCCAUUCGGCACUUACUUCAUUAGAGACGUGAUAAUGAACAAGGGUCAAUGCUUCAGAAAAUUACUAUGCACCAGCUUAUAUUGUUUUUAAUUUAAAUUGAAUCUCAACGGUAUUCUGACCUAAUUCAUUCAGAAAUCAUAAAUGUAUUGUUGAUUAACUGAGUCCUCUCCCUAAACUUUUCUGUGCUAUAAAAGUAUCCAUUAUCUAAUGGAGAAGUCCUUCAUGAAGACCUCCACGUGUCUCAUACACAUGCUAGCUCGUUAAGCAGAUAGUUUUGUCAAGUUGAAGCCCCGCAUGUGAUUUGUUCAAAUCAAAUGGAAAAAAGAGCCUUGCUUUUAUGUGCUCUUGUGAAAUUGUGGUGUGUAAUGCUUGUGCGAAAGGCAUCUUCUGUUAUGAUUGUUACAUUCAAAUUGAUAAAGCUACAUUUCAGAUUUUUGCCAUUGUUUCUUGAAAUGGACAGUGAUGGGAUAGCAGUGUCCACAUUCUGUGACUUUUUGCUUAUUCAUUAAGAUUCCGAUAAAUUAUGUUA